AUGUAUUGGAUAAUUUCUAUUAAUAUGGACAAGCCACUUUUGAUAAGAAGAAAUCCUCGUACUAAAGCUCUUAUGAAAUUUACAUUCGACUUAAUCAGCUGCGCAAUUAUUAUGGUCACUUUUUUGGUGACCACUUUUUCUUAUGGCAAUACCUAUUAUAUUUCAAUGCAAGACGUCACUAAAAAGUUUGAGUAUAAUGGAAUGGAUGCAUAUACACUUACAACAUUCGAGGAAUUUGAUAAAUAUUAUUGUACUAAGCCUGAAGGAACAGACAGUGAGGUAUGUGACUGGACUGGGCACUUUAAAGCUGCAGCAUUAUGCUAUCUAAUUGAUUCUAUUGUAUGCCUAGUGAUCAUGGUCUAUAAUGUGCUGAAUUUGUUAAUUUCACCCUUUGGUUAAUGAGCAACGCCAUUAGAAAAAAAAAAACUUUUUGGAUUUUUAUUAAAAAAUAAAUUGGCCUUAAGGCUAGAGAGGGGAAAUUUUGAUUUUCGAGGGAGUAAGUUUAUCAUUUGGAUGUACGUGUUUUAAGAUAUUAAGUCUGCAAAUAUCUCAUUAUUUAGUACCAAUUGCAUAUUCUAUAGGGAUUAUUCUUUAUUUAUCGGUGUCAAACUUUUAUUCUCUUACUUCCCCCUGUGAGUGAACAAAACCAUUGGAAAAAUUCCUAUUUCUGCCAAAAACCGACCCUCAGUGAGUGAACAAAAAUUUUUUUAAUCGAAAAAAUUUUUAUGGAAAAAAAUUCUGACAUAGAAGUGAUAAUUACUCUAAUGAAAUCUAGAGCUAAUUCUGUUUAAUUUUAAACAAAUUGCGUUUUAAAACAUAAAUUUUAUAAAUCAAAUUAAUAUUUGCUUUCCAAUUUUUGCAAAUUAGGAUUUUUUUUGAAAAAAAUUUUUUUUCUAUAAAAUUUAUAUAUAAAAUUAUUUUAAAAAAAAAAAUUAAUCCACCUCCGUGAGUGAACAAAAUGUUUUUGUUCACUCACGAAGGGUAGGGGGGGAGUUAGUGAAGAUGGGGAAACGUGGUCUGAUUGGAGUGUUACAUUUGGAGCUGGGAUUGUUCUGAUGUUUGUAAAUGAAGGAAUUAUGAUUGCAGGGGCUCUUUAUUUCUGGUGGGCAAGAGUUCAUGGGCUUGAAGACAUACUUUUGCAUAUUGGAAAUUUAGCACCUUUAAUUGACAAAAAUCAGCUUAGAUCCAUUUAA